AAAUUUAUUUGAUUUAUUUUUUUUGUUGAAGAAAAUCCCUAAUUCUUCUCAGUCCGGUCCAGUUGCACCCCGUUUUCUUUCUCACAAAAACAGAGAGAAUCUCUUCUUCUCUUAGCCCGCCGCCACCCCUCUCCGGCGACGCCCACGCAGUUCACCUGUCCAGAAUGGGAAAGGGUUUGAUAUGGGCGACGGCAGAGGAUCUGCAUAGGAAUAGGGGUCGAGUUCUGUCGCUAUAUCGUCACAUACUUCGAAGCCUCAAUUCUCCUUCGUUGCCACUGACAUUCGCUGCAAGAUUAGCGAAGAAAGCAGAGGUACGUGCAAUGUUUUGGGUUGGUUCUGAUGAAAGGUCUUUGCAUAACAUUGCUGACUUAAUUGAUGCUGCUGAAUACUCUCUUUCUUUUCUCAAGAAAGGUCAAUUUCCUCCUCGUCACAUUACCUGAACAACACCUUCCAUUUCCCUCGACGCAAUUUAGUAUGAACUUAAUGCAAUCAUGAUAUUUUUUUUGGUUGUUUAUAUGUAAGAAAUAUGCAUAAGAUAUGAUUUCAAUUUUCAUUAUUUUGUAUUGGGGCGGUAUUCAAAAGCCGAAUCCAAUGUUAGAGUAUGUUAAGCUUAAGCCUAAAUUCUACCUUAUUGUAUGCUUAUAAUAAGAAUGAUUCCUAGUUAGAAUUGAAAAUCAGGUUGUUUAUGUGUUGUUUUGCAUUGUAGAUAAAUACAAGUUUUCGAGUUGAGAGAACAACUAAAGGGUAUAUUGUUCGUAACUUGGUAUGGUCGGACUUCCUGUCAAGGAAAAAAAUUAGCUUUGAACCAAUGUAAGCUUCAUCCUUGUUGUAAUAUUAUGAACAUGGCCUGAAAUUCAAGGUUGGUGCUUUAGUUUGGGAACGGUUUGGGGUGCUUAAGCUGUUGACUGAAUCAAACAAGCCAAGUGUGAUAGAGUCCAAGAUCGCAUCUCCAAAGUAGAUAUAGGUCAAACACUUAGAUCAAUUCAGUUAUGGAUCAACAAUAAAAGAGGAGGUUAUUAUACCGACAUUUUCCUUUUAUUCUUGCUCUUUCAAAGUAGAUAUAGGUCAAAUGCUUAGACCAUCAAUUAAGUUACGGAUCAACAAUAUAAGAGGGGGUUGUUAUUCUGAUAUAAGAGGGUGUUCUAAGUACUGAAGACAGUUGGUUAUUUUAGAUUCUGUUUCAUAUAUACAAUGGGGAUGAAAAUGACUCAAACUUUUAUCUAGGGUUUCUUUUUAGAAAUUUUCAAGAGGCAGUUUAGAUUCAGGAAAGACUAGAAGACUGAAGAGCAAUAGCAUAGGACAAAUAUUUUUAUGGAUUCAGAUGAGAUAACAUAUUUCACUGUUUGGCCUUGGAACUGUGAGACUAUAGUUGUAAUACACACAAUGCAAAUACAAUCAAAACUAAUUGUCAAGAGUAUUCUUGCUGUGAAGUAUUGGGAAACCUGCCUGGCAUUCUGGAAUCAGGAUACUGUCAUGCAAUUUCUUUUACCUGUAGCCUGAUCUCCAACUUAGGUCAGUAUGGGAUUGGGAAUGCUAUUGUUGGAUAAUGCCAUGUUCUCUUAUUAUUCA